AUGGCCAAGAACACGUCGGAAGGGCCGGGCAAAGAGGAUCUGAGCAAGGUUCCUGAUGAGGAGCUGCUACGCUGGAGCAAAGAGGAGUUGGCGCGGCGGCUGCGGCGGGCAGAGGGCGAGAAGAUGGGCCUCAUGGUGGAACAUGGGAACCUGAUGAAGGACGUAAACCGGCGACUGCAGUUGCACCUCCACGAGAUCCGCGGCCUCAAGGAGGUCAACCAGAAACUGCAGGACGACAACCAUGAGCUGCGGGAGCUCUGCUGCUUCCUGGACGACGACCGGCAAAAAGGCAAGAAGCUGUCGCGCGAAUGGCAGCGCUUCGGACGCCACACGGCCGGCGUGUUGUGGAAGGAGGUGGCCCUGUCCCAGCAGAAGCUGCGCGAGUUGGAGGCCCGCCAGGAGGCCCUGCUGCGGGAGAACCUGGAGCUCAAGGAGAUCGUGCUCAUGCUAGACGAGGAGCGCAGUGGCGCCGGCUCCCGCAGCUCCAUCGACAGCCAGGCCAGCCUCACCAAUCUGGCUGGGGGCUCUGGCGGUGCGGGGCCCCGCGACGUGGGCGACGGCAGCAGCACAUCCAGCACUGGCAGUGGCGGCAGCCCAGACCACCACCAUCACCCGCUGCACCCCCACGGGCACCUGCAGCCGCCAGGCCCCCAGCAGCCGCAGCAGCCCGCCGCCCCCGCGCCCCCCCUUCACAAAGCAGCGGACGCCAAGGCUGGUGCCACCAGAAGAUCCUUGGACGACCUAUCCGCGCCCCUGCACCAUCGGAGCAUCUCCAAUGGACUCAACGAUUCCUCUUGUAAUUACAUCAGACAGUUGGAAACGAAAGUGAAACUGCUGGAAGAUGAUAACAAGCUUCUCUCUCAGCAGUCCAGUUCUGGGGACUUCAGGACUCUCCGGAAGGGGCUGUCUCCAUAUCACUCAGAGUCACAGCUGUCAUCGUUGCCGCAGUACCAGGAUGCCCUGCAGAAUGGUCCUGCUCACAUGACAGCCGAGCUCUCUUCUUCCCCUGCAGUGGGCUAUGUCCCAAUGGGACAGAAACCUGAGGCAGUAGUGCAUGCUAUGAAGGUCUUGGAAGUUCAUGAAAACCUGGACAGGCAGAUACAGGACAGUUAUGAGGAGGACCUGAGCGAAAAGGAGAAAGCAAUCGUCCGUGAAAUGUGCAAUGUUGUAUGGAGAAAGCUUGGAGAUGCAGCAAGUUCCAAACCUUCCAUCCGACAGCACCUUUCGGGAAACCAGUUCAAGGGCCCCUUGUAG